CAGCUCAGUAUGCGCCUGACAAUUGAGGGAGGUGGACGUGCCUGAUUUUGCUGCAGGCGCUCUCAUUUAUGACCACAUGGAUGAAAUAUCAAAUAUCCCGUCGACUACAUUUUAUGGCAGACAGAUUGACAGGCUACGUGCAAGAGAUCAAGAAUAUGCGCAAGAAAUCAACCUAGAAAAUGAAGAAAGUGAUGUGGAACCUGAAGAAGAGGAGGUAGAUGACCCUGUCAUGCCCACAAAUCUACUCACUGAUACAGUACAAACUGAAGAUAUUCAUGCUGAAAGGGCUACCUUUGAUGCAGAAGCAUACCUGCCACUCUCAGAAGAUGAUACUGUUGUUUUGGAGGUUGCAGAAGCUACAGUGGAGAAUGAAGAGGCCCCACAAGUCACAGCCAGAAGAGCUCGAGCUAAUGCCAGAACAUCUACAUCAUGGGUGCCUUCUGAUCACAAUGAUGUUACAAAUAAUUACAGUUAUCUUGGCCCAGAUCAUGAGUAUGCUGAUGAUUUACGUCAACCCAUUGAAUAUGUAAGGCAAUUCCUUACAGAUGACCUCCUUGAUUUAUUUGUAACACAAUCAAACCUUUACCUAGUACAAAAAAACUCAAACAAGCCUCUCAAUGUGGAUCGUAAUGAGCUUGAACAAUGGAUUGGUUUGUGUAUCUACUUUUCCAUUAGCAAACUUCCUAAUGUUAGGAUGCAUUGGUCCCACCAUUUAGGUGAUAUGAGAGAUGUCACUUCAACAGUUAUGAGUCGUAACCGUUGGGAGCUUAUCAAGACUAACUUUCAUAUGGUGGACAACAGUACUGAGACCCAGAAUUCCAGAGAGAAUAAGGAUAGGCUUUUCAAGGUGCGGCCUAUGGUAGAUCACCUCAGGGAAAAAUUCCAUCAAAUACCAAUGGAGCAAGAGCUUUGCAUUGAUGAACAGAUGGUUCCUUUUAAAGGAAGAAGUUACCUGAAACAAUAUGUUCCUAGCAAGCCACACAAAUAUGGUUACAAAUUCUUUGUUUUGGCUGGCAAGGAUGGCAUGACACAUGAUUUUAUCCCAUAUACUGGAAAAAUCAAUCCUGUGAAUGAUCCUACAGUACCUGACCUAGGUCCAAGUUCAAAUGUAGUUCUGCAUUUAUGUCAAAUCAUACCAUCUGACUGUAAUCAUUACUUGUUUUUUGAUAACUGGUUCACAUCUCUACCUUUGCUCAGGCACUUAGCAACAAGAAAAAUUUGGUGUUGUGGUACAGUGCGUCAAGCACGCCUACCAGGCAUAAAGAAGGGAAAACAUGAUGAAAAGGAUCUUAUGAAAAAAGGGAGAGGUGCUUAUGAAGAACUAAAGUGUGAUAAUGAUGGAAUAGAGAUAACCUAUGUCAAAUGGUAUGACAACAAAAUAGUUAAUCUUGUGUCCACUUUUGCCAAAGCACUACCGCUAGGAAAGGUGUCAAGGUGGGAUAAAAAACUCUCCCAAAGGAUUGAAAUCAGUUGCCCAGAUAUCAUCAAAUGGUAUAACAAGUCAAUGGGAGGGGUGGAUCUGGCAGACUGUCUAAUUGCUCUGUACAGAAUCAACAUUGGAGCAAAAAAAUAUUACCACCGUUUGAUCUUUCACAUGAUUGACAUGGUGAUUGUCAACAGCUGGCUUCUCUAUAGAAGGGAUGCUCUCCACCUCAAGCUACCAAAGUCAGAGGUAAUUCCUCUGGCAUUUUUCAAAAUAAAAGUAGCAUUUUCCCUGAUAAAGGGAGGCAAAGAAUUAAAUCGCAAAAGAGGAAGACCAUCUCUUUCAGAUGCUACUGAUGCAGGACCCAAAGUGAAAAAAGCUGGUAGGCCUCAAGCAUUGCCUGAUCAUCCUAUCAGAUAUGACAGUGUUGGCCACUGGCCUGCUGUAGAGGAACAAAGAAGGAUGUGUAAGAGGAAAGGAUGCAGUGGAAAAACAAAUAUCACAUGCUCUAAAUGCAAAGUAAACCUUUGCCUGAAUGGAAAGCAAAACUGUUUUGUACAAUUUCAUACUCGUUAGAUAAUGCCUGUAUUAGGCGAUAAAGGGAAAUGGAACUUAUUAUUUUUUUUCAUAAUAAGAAUAUCCAUUAAUUUUUUCAGGGAAUUUCUAGUUCAGUUCUAGUCAAAGAAGUGAAAAUGUUAUUUUUUUACAAUGAAUUUCUA